AUGGAUAACCCUCCUGAUGCGGAGACUAUCCGCUUAAAAAGAUUAGCCCGGCUUGGAGCCUCGUUAAAAAGCGCUUCCGAAAGUUCUGCGUCUCCCUUGAGUUCGGCCACCCCCAGCAGCUCACGUCAACAAUCCCAAACACCGUCUGCAGGCCCAACAACCCAUAGCUUGAUAGCACAGCCGUUACCUUCCUUAAAACGCCCCGUCUCGCCCUCCUCAGGACACCCCAUCGAUCAUGCACGUGAAAAUCCUUCCCAGCGAGACAGCAAUUCGAAAGCAUCUUCUACUAUAUCCCUAGAGCAGUGGGAGAACGACAUAAUUGCUCAAACCUUUCGUGUUACAGUUCAAGAACGACUCUUUACUGAAGAAUGUAUCUAUCUUAGCGAUUUAUCCGAUGAAAUCAAGGCUCAAGGGAGAGAGCUCAGGUUGGGACUUCAGGAUCUCGACCAGAUAAUCAUAUCAGCAGCUUCUAUAGCUGUACAGCCUUUUGUGUUUCUUCGAGACUCCUAUAGACGGAUUAUAUCGAUAGCACAAAGACCACCGAAUCCCCGAUUGGAUGUAGCUUAUCAAACAAAAUUUGUCGCCGAACUCCGAAGAAUCUGUGUCGAUUUCUGUGGCCAUGCUCUUGUCGAACCGGAUAUUUUCGACACAUCCUCUCGUCCCUUCAAUCUCGCGGAGGGACUGCUAAAAGUUUCCGACGGGGAACCUGCCAUCCCAUCCGAACUAAUUAAUGAUUUGGCCGAAACCUUCGCUGGAAACCCCAACCUCGAAGGAGUAUUUCUUAAAGCCUUUAAUGAUAUGAGCUCUGGAUUGAAACACCUGGAACUAGUAGACGACUAUCAAAUAUAUACGAAUGCGCUUUAUCGCCUCGUCACAAUUAAGUCUAUGGCUAUCCUUUUCGCAACUAGCCCUAGCUUCUUACCUUCUAGCCUACGCCCACCUGAUUUGGAAGUUGAGACGCUCCUCGGACCCUACUUUAGAAUCUCGCCCCUUCAAGGACGCGUUGUCGAGACGUACUAUCCUAGCCCUAAAACACAAGCUCCCGCUGCACUAAAUCUAGCUAGUAGUUCUCUCCGGAUAUCUAUCAAAACUUACCAGGACCAACUGUUAGUUAUCAUCAAUUACCUUGUCAGGGCGUCCCCAACAGCGCGAGGCAGGGUAUUGGAUUUUUUUGCCACUGUGGUCAACUCGAACUCGAAAAGACGAGCCCUCCAAGUUCAAGAAAACACAGUUUCAUCAGAUGGGUUCUUACUCAAUGUCACUGCGGUUCUAAACAAGCUGUGUGAUCCGUUUAUGGAUGCUACUUAUUCCAAGGUCGACAAAAUCGACGCGCGAUACUUUAGACAAUACCCCAGGGUUGAUAUCAAGCAUGAGACAAAGAUAUAUGCCGAUCAGGCUACCUCCGAUACAUUUUACGAAAGCACAAUUGAAGGGAAACCGAAUUUUAACUCGGAGGUUUUUUUCUUAAAUGUGGCCGCGCAUCACGUGGGAUAUAUUGCUUGCAUCAACAACGCUGUCAACUUGUCACAUCAUUUAUCAGAUAUGGAGAAGAAUCUUGAGAGGCUCGAACAAGAGCGGGAACGUUUUCUUAACUCGCCUCAACUUGCGCAACUUGAUGCUAGCCUAAAGCUGCUCAAAGAAAGGCUCCAAAAAGGCUAUUCAUACCAAGCUGCCCUCGAGGGGCUCCUGGCUGACGAAAGCUCACAGCUCCAAGCCUUAUCUUUUAUGAAUUAUCUAACGGUGUGGCUCCUUCGACUUAUUUCACCGGAAAUGGGGUACCCCCAAAAAGGAUUUAAACUUCCGCUUCCUGCAAGUGCUAUCCCCGAGUUCUCGAACUUGCCAGAGUAUAUGAUUGACGAUAUUGCCGCGGUGUUUUGUCACGUUGUGCGAUCGUAUCCAUCGAGGGUUACUACACAACAAAGCGAUGGUGUAAUGGUUUUGGCUAUUACUCUGCUUCGGAUGUCAAGUUAUGUUAAAAACCCAUACUUGAAGGCCAAGUUGGUCGAAUCCCUGUAUCUCGGUAUUCUCCCCAUUCGCCCUGGUAGUGGCGAUCGAGGGGUUCUGGGUGAUCUUUUGAACGGUCAUGAAUUUGCGCUAGAUAACCUCAUGCACUCUUUGAUGUCCUUUUACAUCGAGGUUGAACAAACUGGAGCGCAUACCCAGUUUUAUGACAAGUUUAAUAUUCGUUACAAUAUCUCUCAGGUCGUCAAAUCAAUUUGGCGAAAUCCGACCUAUCGGGAGAAACUCGGACAAGAAAGUCGCAUCAACCCUGAUUUUUUCGUCAGAUUUGUUGCACUCCUUUUGAAUGAUGUUACGUUUCUCUUAGAUGAAUCUCUUUCUAAACUCACAGAGAUCCACCGUUUACAAGACGAACUUGAAAAGGAUUCUAGCGACGCCAGGGCUAGGGCGGAACAAGAGAGGCUACUAUCCUCGAAUGAGCACCAUGCCACUACGUAUGUGAGCCUUGCUAAUGAGACGGUACUAAUGGUCAAAAGGUUCACUGCCGCUAUUCCCGAUGCCUUUGUAUCAGCCGAGUUAGUACAUCGUCUAGCUGGAAUGCUGGAUUAUAAUCUUGUGGCGUUGGUUGGGCCGAAAUGCUCCAACUUGCGCGUCAAAGACCCCAAAAAAUAUAGAUUCGACCCUAGAGCUCUCCUCUCUGAGGUGAUCGAUGUAUAUUUAAACCUAGGGACCCGUUCUGAAUUUGUGAGGGCAAUUGCGAUGGACGGACGUUCGUAUAGCUCAGAUUUAUUCUCAAGAGCUUACGGCAUUCUUGCUAGAUAUGGAUUAAAGUCCCCUGAAGAGCUUUUGGUGCUUAAGAAGAUGGCAGAAGCGGUCCAAGAAGCCAAAAGAGCUGAUGAGAAAGGAGAAGAAGAAUUAGGAGAAGUACCCGAUGAAUUUUUAGAUCCUUUAUUAUUUACACUUAUGGAGAAUCCUGUCAUACUCCCCACCUCGAAAACUAGCAUCGACCUUUCAACUAUCAAGGCACAUCUUCUCAGUGACCCUACCGAUCCUUUCAACCGCUCGCCUCUUACGCUCGAUCAAGUAAUACCUAAUGUUGAGUUGAGGAAUAGAAUAGAAGCUUUCAAGGCAGAGAGGCGGGGAUAA